CUUGUACAUACAUAGAUGAUGGAUUCCUUUUUCCUCUGCUCUUCUUCUUCAGGAGAUUUAUAGAUCUCCAGUUCAGCCGCCAUUUCCAUCGCUCUUCCUCUGUAGUCUCCACUCUCUCGCUUUCCACUUAUCACCAUGGAGGCUUCUGCAGCUGCUUUGUCCCGCAUAGGCCUCGCCGGACUCGCCGUCAUGGGCCAAAACCUAGCCCUCAACAUCGCCGAGAAAGGCUUCCCAAUCUCCGUCUACAACCGCACCACAUCCAAAGUCGACGAAACCCUAGAUCGGGCCCGCCAAGAGGGUUCCUUGCCCCUCGUCGGUCAGUACAACCCGCGAGAUUUUGUCCUUUCCAUCCAACGGCCCAGAUCAGUCAUCAUCCUUGUUAAGGCCGGUUCUCCCGUUGACCAGACAAUCGCUGCCCUAUCUGAACACAUGGAGGCCGGCGAUUGCAUCAUUGACGGAGGUAACGAGUGGUAUGAGAACACUGAACGUAGAAUCCAACAAGUUGCCGACAAGGGCAUACUGUAUUUGGGUAUGGGUGUUUCUGGUGGCGAAGACGGUGCUCGCCAUGGGCCCUCUUUGAUGCCCGGGGGUUCUUAUCAGGCGUACUCAAAUGUGCAGGAUAUUUUGAUGAAAGUCGCUGCGCAAGUUGAGGAUGGCCCUUGUGUUGCAUAUAUUGGCGAGGGUGGCUCUGGUAAUUUCGUUAAGAUGGUCCACAACGGUAUUGAAUAUGGGGAUAUGCAGCUCAUUUCUGAGGCCUAUGACGUGUUGAAGCAUGUUGGGGGUUUGUCCAAUUCGGAGCUUGCCCAGAUUUUCGCUGAAUGGAACAGAGGGGAGCUUGAGAGUUUCCUUGUUGAAAUAACUGCUGAUAUUUUUAAAGUUAAAGACGAAUCUGGAGAUGGGGAUUUGGUGGAUAAGAUAUUGGAUAAAACAGGUAUGAAGGGUACCGGAAAAUGGACGGUGCAACAGGCGGCGGAGCUCUCCGUGGCAGCUCCAACCAUUGCUGCUUCAUUGGACUGCCGAUAUUUGAGUGGACUCAAGGAUGAGAGAGAGAAUGCUGCUAAUGUAUUGAAGGAGGCAGGAAUGAAUGACCAAGUGGGGUCUGUGAGGAGUGGGAUUGAUAAGAAGCGAUUGAUAGAUGAUGUGCGACAAGCUUUAUACGCGUCAAAAAUCUGUAGCUAUGCUCAGGGGAUGAACUUGUUGAGGGCUAAGAGUAACGAGAAGGGAUGGAAUUUGAACUUGGGGGAAUUGGCUAGAAUAUGGAAAGGUGGGUGUAUCAUACGAGCGGUGUUUUUGGAUAGGAUUAAGAAGGCAUAUCAGAGGAACCCCAACUUGGCUAGUUUGAUUGUAGACCCAGAAUUUGCAAGGGAGAUGGUGCAGAGACAGACAGCCUGGAGAAGAGUUGUGGGAUUAGCUAUAUCAGCUGGUAUCAGCACUCCAGGGAUGUGUGCUAGUCUUGCUUACUUUGAUACAUAUAGGAGAGCUAGACUUCCAGCCAACCUUGUCCAGGCUCAAAGGGAUUUGUUUGGGGCUCAUACUUAUGAGCGAAUUGACCGCCCUGGGUCCUUCCAUACCGAGUGGACAAAACUUGCUCGUAAUAGUGUUGGUGCUUUGAAUUGAGUUGUUUGCUAGUUGUUUGGCUGGGUUGACGUUGAUCAUUCACCAUUUGAGUUAAAAUUGCGAGUGUCAUGGAGGAUCUUUGGUUAGGUCAAGCAAAUAUUGUUUAGUCAAGUAGUUUUUACUUGUAAUAAGAGAAAGGCAUGCCUUUUGGCUUUAUUUACAUAUGCUUUUACUAGUUUUCCUCUGCCUUCGUAAAUUCCUUAUUGUUGAUGGUUCCCUGUCUGGUUAUAGGUUGAACCAGAGUAGCAGAAAAUUUAUGCAUCAUGUGUUUUGUGGUAAUUUGCAUCAAAAGCAAAUUGGUUAUGGUAUAGUCUUGAGUUCAAUAAAAACAAGUCUAUUUUGCAUGAAAA